AGUUGAGAACCUUGGAGCCACCAUUAGCCACCACAAGCAGCGUUUGCUCAUGCUUCGUACAAAAUGGACAAGCCGGUUCCUGCCUCCUCCUUUCCCAUUUUAACCUUGUUACAUUGGUGCCGAAACCCGGGAAGGAGGAGGGAUGCGCUGAAGGAGCAGCCGUGGCCGUUCACCGGGGGAAUGGAGUCGCCGCUUCUGGCUGCCUGGACAUGGAGGAACGGCCGCCGUCCGCGAGGGGAGGAGGGGCUCGCUGCCGGCUGCCUGGAGUGGUGGAGCCGCUGCCAGGGGCGGAGGGGCUCCCUCCCUACCAAAACGCGGAGGGGCGUUCCAUCCGCCAGGGGUCAGUGGACUUGGUCGGUCUGCCCAGGGAGGAGCGGCUGUCGUCCGUCAGAGGAUGGAGGAGUGGUCAAGGACCAGGCUACAGCGUGUCUGGAAGUUAACAGGCACACUGACUCUGGCAGUGUUCACAGCUGUACUAGGCUCUCUGCAGAUAGGAUACAGUCUGGGCAUAAUCAAUGCCCCACAGAAGAUUUGAAAAGACUAAAAGGGGAUUAUGACACCUCAAAUGACAUAGCAGAGAUGCAGGCAAAGAAGGAGGAGGCCAUGAAAGAGGCGAAAGUGUCCAUCGUAAGGCAGCUCUUUGUGGCCCUUAUGAUGCAUUUAUUCCAGCAGUUCUCUGGAAUUAACGCAAUUUUUUAUUAUUCGACUUCGAUCUUCCAGACAGCGGGGGUCGGUCAGCCUGUGUAUGCCACUAUUGGAGUUGGAGUUAUAAACAUCGUUUUCACUCGUGUCGGUAAACAGGCACUAAUUUAUAGGCAAACACUGGCUGCUGAGGAACAGGCUCUCGUCUCUUGGAAACAGUAGAGUGGUGUUGUCUCUUGGGUCUUGCCUUCCCUUGAUGUUUUUGACAGUAACUUGAGUCUGAUGUUUUAGAUAAUUCCAACUCAUUUGAAACAAGUUCCAUUGGACUGCACAUUAAAGGAAUAGUUCAUUUAAAUGAAAAUGAUGUCAAUAUUUAUUCACCCUCAUGUUGUACCAAACUUAACACAAAAGGAGAUGUUUUAAUGAAUUUUGAUGUAUAAUGUUUUAGCACUAAACAAUGCAAAAUCUUGCGCGAACACGCAAGCCUCUGUUGACCAGCUUCUCUCAUAGCUCUCACUUUACAGUUUUUAAAGAAUAUUUGCAUUUUCCAUAUCACAACAAUUCCUGUUGACCAUGAGUUGUCAAGUUUUUUUUUUUAAGAUUAGUAUUUCAGUUUUAUAAACAAAUUCCAUCAAAGUGAAUUAAGUAAUAUUAGAUUUUUUUUUAAAUUAUUAUUAUUGUUAAUGUAAUUUAGUUAUUUUAAAGAUUUCACAAUUCAAUUUAAUGGAAUUUUGUAAUUAAGUUGAAAUACAUAAAUCUUAAAAUAAAAUAGUGUUAAAGUAAUCCAUAUUUGUGGCGUGCUAUGAUUCAAAAGUCUUCUGAAGCCAUAUAAUAGCUUUGUGUGAGGAACACACCAAUUUAAUUAAAUUUAAGUUAUUAUUCACUGCUAAUUUUCAUCUCCACUGCAGCUCUCUAAUCAUAUAUUCUGCUUAUGGCACAUGUCCAACCAAUGAGAUCCG